AUUUCAUUAAUUUGCUCUCUCUUUCAUGAAACUGAAACCUCACCCAUCUGCUGUGGGUAGGUGCUGCUUGCUUCUUCACUCUCUCUUCACGUUUUCUAGGUUUUCUCUCCGAUCCUUCUCCUUCUCCUUCUCCGUCUCCGUCUCCGGCAACCACUUUCUUCUUCUCUAGGUAUUUAUGCACGUGAAUCAGAUUUGCAUGAACUCAAUUGAUGGGACACAAAAAGCGAAACUCUGCUCCGCGUUCCAAACAAUCUCCGGCGGCUUCUCCGGUGGCGCAAUCGCCCAUCGGUGGAGCCGCCAAUGGUUCCAUUUCGCCCGACGUCGAUUCCUGCAACGUUUUCGAUCAAAAUCUACCUAACCCUAACAAGAUCGAAUUGAUUCCAUCUCAAUCCGAGGGUUCCGAUUACUCCACAAUUAAGGUAGAAUGUGAGCGUGCCCUAACCACCUUUCGUCGUGGUAACCACAAAAGGGCAAUGAAGCUCAUGAAGGAGUUGUGUUUGAAGGAGGAUGGUUCGUCAUAUUCGGCUUUCGUUUACCGAAUUCACGGCUUCAUUUGUUUCAAAGUGGCGUCGAUUAUCACUGAUUGUAGCUCGAAGCAACGGCAUUUGAAGCACGCCGUCGAAUCGGCGCGGAGAGCCGUUGAGCUGUCGCCGAAUUCGAUUGAGUAUGCACAUUUUCAUGCCAGUGUGAUGUUAGAAGCAGCGACUGAGGGGAAAGACUAUGAGGAGGUUGUGCACGAGUGUGAGAGAGGGCUUGCCAUUGAAAACCCGAAUGAUCCUGCUAAGGAGACAUUGCAGGACGAGAGCGAGCAGAAAGUGUCCACUCUGGAAGAUCGGAUAACACAUGUGCAGAAUGAGUUGAGGCAGCUGAUUCAGAAGUCAAACAUAGCUUCAUUGUCUUCUUGGAUGAAAAAUCUGAGUAAUGGGGAGGAGAGGUUUCGGUUGAUUCCCAUUAGGAGGCCUACGGAGGACCCUAUGGAGGUUAGGUUGGUUCAGAGUAGAAGGCCAAAUGAGAUUAAGAAGGUGACCAAGACGCCCGAGGAAAGGAGAAAAGAGAUUGAAGUUCGGGUAGCUGCUGCAAGGCUUUUGCAGCAGAAGUCAGAGUCACCCCAGUCUCCGAAUGAAGGAGAGAGGGAUGAUAGAGCAUUGGAUUCGUCUUCAGGGUCUGGUCAGAGGAUAGGUGAUAGGCGAAGGCAUAUUAGAAAGAAUAGCUCCACAGCCGAAAGGAGAGACUGGGUGCUGACUUAUUGGAAUUCACUGAGUAUGGAUGUGAAGAAGGACUGGCUUAGGAUUGAACUAUGUAAUCUCAUGUCCCACUUUGGGUCUUCAAAGGAUACUUUGCCAAAAGAUGUUUUAUCAGAAGCUUUGUCUUAUGCUGAGGCUAAUAAAACAUGGAAAUUUUGGCGUUGCAGCAUUUGUGCUGAGAAAUUUUCAAAUCAAGAAUUUCAUAGGCAGCAUGUUAUGCAGCUACACUUGGACAGUCUGUCGCCAAAGAUGCAGCGACUUUUGCCUCAAAAUAUUGACAAUGAAUGGAUUGAGAUGAUUCUUAAUUGUUCUUGGAAGCCUUUGGAUGUCUCAGCUGCAGUUAAAAUGCUUGAGUAUAAAGCAAAAUCCAAAGGUUCGUCGUUUCGGGAGGAUUAUCUUACUCAAGACUACAAUGAUUGUUUUAAAGAUUCAAGCAAUUCUUACCAUGAAAAGGAAAGUUUAGGGUACAAUAUUGGUAAUUCUACAACAGAAAGCAGUAAGUAUUAUAAAAUUGUGGAAAGUGAUGUCAGAGAAGGCCUUGAAGACCAACAAUUUACAGCAAACCCUGUUCCUGAUUGUUGGCCAGUAUCUGAUGACAAGGAGCGUGCAAAGCUUCUGGAGAAAAUCCACGCAGUAUUUGAGAUACUUAUUAGACACAAAUGUCUUGCUGCCAGUCAUCUUCACAAGGUCAUUCAAUUUAGUAUGGGGGAGAUCCAGGGUCUUGCUGCUGGUUCUGAACUUCUAAAACAUGAUGUAGACCAAACACCAAUGUGCAUAUGCUUUCUGGGAGCUUCACAGCUUAAGAAAAUUCUCCAAUUUCUGCAGGAAAUAUCUCAUGCUUGUGGGUUGGGUAGAUAUGCUGAUAAAAGUAGUAGUCCCAUGAAUGAUUUGCAUGAUAUCAGUCAAGGUCCUGAAAUCAAAGAUAAGAUUGUUCUCAAUGGAGAUGCAUCAUGCCUCCUCCUGGAUGAGUGUUUACUACCAACACAAGUCACUCCUGGUACAGCCCACGAGGCUGUCUUCGAUGACAUGGUCACCUCAAGUUCUCCUGAUGGAAUUUCACACAAUAGCGGUGCUUUGCUAUCCUGGCUAUAUUCAAGUCGGCCUGUUGGGGAUCAAUUGACGUCAUGGAUUCGGACCAACGAAGAUAAAAUACGCCAAGGACAAGAAAUGGUCCAGAAACUUGACAAGGAGUUUUUUCAAUUAAAUGGCCUGUGUGAGAAGAAGUGUGAGCGUAUAAGUUAUGAGGAAGCGAUUCAGACAGUAGAGGAUCUUUGUCUUGAAGAAGGUAAAAAGAGGGAAAAUGUGAGUGAAUUUGUGCAGCGAAGCUAUGAGUCUGUCCUAAGAAGGCGGAGAGAAGAGCUUGUUGAGAGUGGGAAUGAUGUGAUGUAUGUCAGCAAUAGGUUUGAGUUAGAUGCUAUAUCAAGUGUAUUGCAAGAAGCAGAAUCGAUGAAUGUUACUACUCAAUUUGGCUAUGAGGAUACUUAUGCUGGUGCGACUUCUCAGUUAUGUGACUUGGAAUCUGGUGAAGAUGAUGAAUGGAGAAUGAAGGACUGCUUGCAUCAAAUGGAUGGCUGUAUAGAAAUGUCUAUUCAGAAACUGAAAGAGCACUCAUCUAUAGAGCUUAGCAAAAUUGAUGCUGAAAUAAUUAGAAGUGUUUCCGAGGUGCAGCAAUUGGAACUCAAUCUUGGGCAUGUUUCUGCGAAUGAUUAUCGUGCAAUACUAGUGCCUCUAGUGAAGUCGUACAUAAAGACACUUUUGGAAGAUUUGGCCGAGAAAGAUGCAAGGGAGAAAUCUGAUGCUGCUGGUGAAGCAUUUUUGGCCGAACUUGCUCUUGAUUCCAAGAAGGUUGGCAAAGGGGGAAAUGAGAACACGAGACAUGUGGAGAAACCAAAGGAUAAGAAGAAGAAUAAAGAUCACAAAAAAACAAGAGAUUUGAAGGCCACAAGUGGUUCUAUGCAUCUCUCGCUUCAGUCUACCACUCUUGAUUCUAAUCUAGUAGCACCUGAUAGUGACUAUCAAGAUCACGAGGUUGCUUCUAUGAAUGAUGAUGAUUUGGAACACCAUGAAGAGGAUUUUAGACGUAAAAUUGAGCUUGAAGAGGAGGAAAAAAAGCUUGAAGAAACUUUGGAACUUCAACGGAGGAUUGAAAAUGAGGCCAAACAGAAGCACCUCGCUGAGCAACAGAAAAAAUUAUCUGUCACAUGUUCAUUAGAGGAAGUGACAGACAAACUUCAAGAUUGUCAAUUCAAGCCUGUUGCUGAUGUCUCAGAUGCACACGAAAAUGCAAAACUACCUAUGCAGGAACAGUUGGCAAAGGAUAAUGGGUGCCCAAACAAUCUGGAUGUUUUGCUUGUUACCACAGCAAAUGGUUCCAUGAUGCCAAUUAAAUCUUCAGCUGAUUCAACUUCCCAAAAAAUUAAUCAUUUGCAUCAGUCAAAAGUUAAACAAGCAGAUUUGCCCAAUGGAAAUGUUCCAGAGAAUGGUCUACCUUUGCCUGAUCGGCGUGCAGGAAAAAAACAUAAGAGGAAUAAGAAUUCGUCUAAAAUGGUUGAUGGAAAGUUGGAAUAUGUCUCAUUGGAAAAGGAGAGUGUUGAGGAUACAUUCACUGACCAUCAUUUGAGAGAGCAUGCUAAAUUUCAUAACAACCAAGAUGCUAAAAAUUUGUUGGAAAACAAUGGAGCAAAGGUGAUGAAAGAAUUGCAAGUGGAAGAUGAGGAGGAGGAAAGAUUCCAAGCUGAUCUUGAAAUGGCUGUACGCCAAAGCCUGGACACAUAUCAAGCACGUGGAAAUUUGCCUCCAGUUUCGAGUUUGAGAAUGCCACAGAGAUCUUCCUCACAAGUAGAUUGUUCCGGUUUUUCACCUGUGGAAGACUCAACUGAGGAUGUGAACGGAGGAGCUACUUUACUUGGUACAGGACUGAGGAAUGAAGUGGGUGAAUAUAAUUGUUUUCUCAAUGUUAUUAUUCAGUCAUUGUGGCAUGUAAGACGCUUUCGGGUGGAAUUUCUUGGCAGAUCAAGAUCAGAGCAUGUUCAUGUCGGUAAUCCAUGUGUUGUGUGUGCGCUGUAUGAAAUAUUUACUGCUCUAGACCUUGCUUCAAAGGAUUCAAGGAGAGAAGCAGUUGCACCUACAUCCCUGCGGAUAGCUCUAAGCAACCUAUAUCCACAUAGUAACUUCUUUCAGGAGGCUCAGAUGAAUGAUGCUUCCGAGGUGCUGGCAGUGAUAUUUGACUGCCUUCAUCGAUCAUUUACUCGUGGUUCAAAUGUUACUGAUGCAGAAUCAGUGGAAAGCAACUGCAUGGGGUCUUGGGAUUGUGCAGCUGGUAGUUGUAUUGCACAUUCACUUUUUGGAAUGGACAUUUUUGAACAAAUGAACUGUUACCAUUGUGGUCUAGAGUCCAGACAUUUGAAGUAUACCUCCUUCUUUCACAAUAUAAAUGCCAAUGCCCUCAGGACAAUGAAGGUUAUGUUUCCUGAAAGCUCCUUUGAUAAGCUUUUGAAUCUUGUGGAGAGGAACCAUCAAUUGGCUUGUGAUCUAGAAGUCGAUGGCUGUGGCAAGCUCAACCACAUCCAUCACUUUCUUUCAACUCCACCCCAUGUUUUUAUGACAGUUCUAGGUUGGCAAAAUACAUGUGAGAGUGCUGAUGACAUAACCGCAACUCUGGCAGCUCUGAGCACCAAGAUAGAUAUCAGUGUCCUUUAUCGUGGUUUAGAUCCCAAAAGCACCCAUAACUUGGUUUCGGUGGUUUGCUACUAUGGCCAGCACUAUCAUUGCUUUGCUUAUAGCCAUGAGCAUGAACAAUGGAUUAUGUAUGAUGACAAGACUGUGAAGAUAAUUGGUGGAUGGGCCGAUGUUCUUACUGUGUGUGAGAGAGGGCAUCUACAACCUCAGGUUCUCUUCUUUGAAGCUGUAAACUAGAUUUCUGGUGGAACUCAUAAUAUCAUUUGCUGGACUGAAGAAUGUUGAGUUUGACAAAUUUUGGCAUCAAAUUGCUUUCUUGGUGUGGCCCUGCUUAUGCUGAUGUGUUGCAUUUCUGCAUAACAAAAGUGGUUUAUAAGUUGCAAGUUUCACUGAUGUCAACAAGUUUUGGCGUACAUACAUCGGGAUAUACAGUGUUUUAAUUUUUGUGAUACAGUUCAUGAUUUAAAUAGGAACAGGUUCUCGCGGAGGAAUGAUGACGAAUACUUUUAGUUUAACUGGAUGAAGAAACCAGACAGUUGGUUCGUUUUGAGAAUAUCAGAUUCAUUUAUUGUAAUCAUCCAAUAAGCAGGUUUUGGUAUUGCUAUAAGAACCUCAAGUUGACCAGCAAUCUGUAAGAAGAUCUUAGGCUAUUUUAGAUGAAAAUAAUUGCCCAUUAUUGUUGGGUAACAAACAUAUAACAAUUUGUGCCGAGGGAAUUCGAUUUUCAGUUGUUGAGGAAAUUUCCCUCCCACCGCCUCCAACCCCUGAGGAUCUGUAUAGCUCUUACACAAUUAGAUUUGUCCCAACGUCAGCUUGUUGCAACUACAGCUGAAAAAGGAGUGUCUGUUACUGAUCUUAUCUACUGUGAAUGUGAUGGAACAUGCUGCUGCAUGGCUGGUUUAUGCCUCAGUAAAUUUAGGAGAUUCAUCCUUUGUAUUCACAAUAUUGUACCUUUUUUACUUCCAUUUUUGUGUGGUAGGGUGGACAGGUAGGAUCUCCGUGAAUCGAGUAUGAGUGAACUAAUGAUAUCAAAUUAUAGUUGCAGGUGUUUACUGUAGCUCUGUUUGAGUGAAAUGCUGAAGGUUUUUGGCACAAUUUUGUCCUACAGUUUUUGGGAAUAGCGUCAACUGAGAUGGAUUAUAUUAUACUUAAUUAAUUCUUCUAUAUCUAUCUAUAUAUAUAUAUAUUGAUGCAGAAUAUACAACUCA